GAACACGCAGAAGUUGACUUCAGUCUAUCAGUUCCUAUCCAUUGGUGUUUGCACAAGUUCAAACGAUGAGAGAACAAGUCAUCAGUUUUUUUGUGCUUCUUGUUGUUGUCUCGGCGACACAAACUGAAUCUAAAAAUGAAACUGUGAUAACAGAUCCAUUUGAAGAUGAUAAUGACUUGAGAUUUGCUGCAGAUACCUUUUGUCGGGAAUUUACACUCGCUAAUCCAAUGGGAAAAAUCGUUCUCCCUUAUAAGCCGAAUUGUCACUUUUGGUGGCAAUGUACUGCUUACGAGCUCAAGAAACACGAAUGUCAAGGUCUUGCACAUAGAAUCAAUUUGCACUACGACUUAUAUUUGGACCGUUGCGAAAUGCCUGGCACUGUUAAGUGUAAAUAUGUGUUCGAUGAAGAAGACAUCAUUAUGGAACAUAUCAUGGAAUUUUACAAGAAACAGGAUACGAAAGAAGAAAAAUCUGAAUAGAUUCUGUCUCAUCAUCUGAUGAGUGAUGUGAUUUGCAUUGUUGUUUUUGAAAUAUGAAAUAUGACUUAACGCAAUAAUAAAAGAACAUCAUGAAGUGAUAUAUGUACAAGA